UAUUUGUUCAGUCAGCAGAUGCACCUGAUGAGAUGCAUUUAUCUUCUCGCUCUCUUUCUGGUAACUAUUUCUAUAUCCGUGUUAUAUUUAGUGUACUAGAAUUUAGUUGGUUCAAUUAUUAAAGCGGGUAGCUUUAUCACUCGUAUCUAGCCAUUUGUGUUUAGAUUUUUUUCCUUUUCCCAAUUAGGAAUUUUAUUUUUCAGAGAAAGUUUUAAGCGCUAUUGCAGGCUAUUUCCAUUCAGGUUUUUUGAUAAGUCAGUCUAAAGUUUUCCAAAUAAUGCUCCAAUAUUCAAGAUGAGAAGAGAAAUUAGGAAAGAUAACUAAAGGAGUGCCUUAUUAGUCAUGAAAUGCAUGCAUGUUUCUCAAACGUAUAGGGAAAGGAGCAAAACUAACAUAAUCUUGUUACCAACAUCCGUAAUUUUAUGCCACGGAUGCAUUAAUGAAGACACUUGUUUUGUUAAACAAGUAAUAGCCAUUUACUUAUCAAAAAAAAAGAAAAAGUAAUAGCCAUUCUUCUGGAUAUAAAUGCAAUAAUAUCAUGCUAAUAAUACAAAAAUGUGUAUGUCAGAUUGGUAUUGUUUUCAAAUUUUAUUAACUGAUACCCGUAGGUGUACUUCAUAGCUAUAUUUUUGCCCUUAUACCUUAAGUGGUCUCUACAAUAACUUUUUCCUGCUUUUCCUUUUGAAAGUACUAUACCUAUUGUCUUCGACUUGCCAAGUAGGACGUAUUGUGACUUGAUAACCUAUUAAUAUAUCAGAUUGCAUUCCUGAUCAUAUUCUUUGAACUGGUCUUUAGAUAUGCGCUUUAAUUUCCAAAAGACAGCAGCUGAGGAUUACCUAGCUUUUUAAUCUAUAUAGUUUAAGGAAGAAGGGUCAUAAAUACCGAUGUGCUAUAAAAACUUGCUCAAGUUUAUCCUCCAUUAUACUUGAGGUCUAUCCAAACCCCUGCUGAUAGGAAAAAGUCUCAAUUAGACCCUUUACAAUUAAUGAUCUUUCAGUUGUUUUUAUUCACUUUUUGCUGAUGCGUCUGCCAAUGUGGAUACUUAUCUCCUCUAUUAAUUUUGCCUUGCCAUUUUUCAUCAAUAUCGUUCUGGCCAACACUUCCAAGUGAGGGUUUUUCAUCAAUUAAUUUCAUCUCCCUUCGUUUGAAAGUAAGGGUUUAGCGUUGAGUUUUUUUCAAUAUCUGAAGGACAUGUGUCAGCACCUCAAUUCCCGUAUGCCAAGAGCUUGUCAAAUGAUUUGCUUAAACAAGUCUUUUUCCUUUGAGACUUAAUUAAAUCUUUGAAAUUUACUUAUUUUUAUUUCAAACAAAGAUUUGAAUUUUUUUUUUCUUCCCAGUUUUGAUCAAAAUAAAAUCUAUUGAAAACAAUCAGAACAAAAAUAGAGUUACCGUGCAGGAUAAUCUGAACUUUUUCAAUUGGAAAAGCCGAUCAACUUCAAGCUCAAGCUGCUUUUGCAGCUCCCCUUUGUUUAGCAGCUCUUUUAUCUGCAAAUCCAGCCGCAGAUUCCUUUCCUUGAGCAUCUUCUCCGUCUUCUCUCUAUCGAUUCUUAGCUUCUCAAGAUUUUUACAAAUGGUGCUGAGCUCCUCGGCUAAGGAUGAUUCGAAUCGAAUGGUUCUGCCUGAGUGCAGAUUGGCUUUUCCUUUCUCGGAUUUGAGAAUUUUGGAUAAAAAUUCUCUUGUUUGAGUUGUCGGUUAGUGAGAUCUCGAUCCACAUAUUUCCUGUUUCGGCUUGGGAUGAUUAUUUGGAUUGGUGGUAAGUGGAGUCGCCAGAGUACUCUUUGGUUGAAGGGGUUUCCAUUCAUAUUUUGGCGGGGGUUAUCUGAUUGUUGAGAUAGAUGAUGGAGUUGUCUAAGGCAUUUUCUUUACCAAAAUGGCAUCUCCUGGCAUACCAGAUUUCACGUUGGCAUACCGGAUUUCACGUGGUAACACACUCCUUCAGACAUUGAAAAAUUUAUUUCAACCCUAAAUCCUAACUUUCAAAAGAAGAAGAAAGGGAAAGGAAAUUAAUUGAUGGAGAACUCCAACUUGGAAGAGUUGGCCGGAGACCUAAUUGACGAAGAAGAUAAGCGGAAAUUAAUGAAGGGGACAGAAGUAUCCACAUUGACGGACACAUCAGCAAAAGCGAAUUAAAAAAUUCAGCCAGAGGAUCAUUAAGCGGGAAGGAAAAAUUGAGAUUUUUUUCUUUUGGGGGGGUGGGGAGUUUGAAUAGACCCAACUAUAAAAGUGGUAAACAUGAGCAAUUUCAUAAAUGCAGUCUUUACAGAAUAAGGGCCUUUGGGUGCUAAAAGACAAUGGUACUCUAACUGAUGGAGAGAUGGGCGGCGAGACUUCGUUGAGGAUUGAACAGAAGCGUGCUCAUCAAUUUUUUAUGGAUGCUUCUGAAGGGGAGUUAUUCUCCAAUAAGAAACAAGCUCUGCAGUCUGUCAGCGAUAAACCAAUUUCAACACAUGCAAGUCUGAACUUUUCCUUCUGGGGUAAUGCAUUUAAUUCUCAGUCUGCCCCACUUCAUUCUAGUGAUCGAUCACGUGCACCUGAGCCUCUAGACACAUUCAGCUUUGGGGAUACAAACGUCUUCUCUUCAGGCAAUGAAAAUGUGAAAACAGAAAGAAACCAUUUCAUGAAUCUUCUUCAAAAUAAUUCAACUGUGAAUUUAUCAAUGUCUCAUGCUGGGGAAGAUCCUGUUUAUCAGAAUGCUGGAACUAGAGAAGCCAGGGUCAAUCUUGCAAAUGAAUAUACAAGUGGUUAUCCUUUUUCUUUGCGGAACUCUUCAAAUAUUGGAGAAGAUAGCAUAAAUGCUACAGCGCUAGGACUAACAUAUAGUGCUGGAAUUGGAAAUGUCAUUUCAAUGGGGCACGAUUUCGCAGAGGGCGAACAAACCACCACUCCUAUAGGCAAUACAGUCAACAAGGUGAAUGGAAAUCGCAUGCUAAUGGGUCAUCAGUACGGCAGGGGUGACUGCAGUCUGUAUCUUAUGGAUCAAUCAUUAGACAAAGGAAACGGCUAUUACAGAACAGAAAAUCAGCCAUACAUGGAAAAUGAAAAUUUUAUGCCAAUACCAUCUUAUGGCAAGGCGCAUGAGAAUUUCCUUUCUAUGUUCCCUUCUUAUAGUAAAGCUAAUGAAAACUUCAUGCCUGUGGGUCUGACUGGUAAUGCAGAUAUUGGUAUUGCCUUUAGGUGCCCAACUCCUGAUAAAGUGGUAGAAGCUGUCAUAUCAACUGGUACUUGCAGCAAAGAAAAUUCAAGCUUCAUAUCAAUGAGUAGGGGUGAAAGAGCCACCAUAUCUUUUGGGGAGAUUCAGCAAGAGCAUGGAGGAAAUAAUCUUUCUGACAAGGUCAUCAGCAGCUAUGACUUGUUGAUAAGUGAAUCCUCUCUUGAAGCUUCAGAAUCACUGACAGAGAGAAGUACAGUGGAGCAUUCUGCAGAUCAAAUUGAGAUUGUUGCUCCAGAAACUACUGUCAGAACAGAAAACGUGUCCAAGCAGAAGGUGCAGAAGACACCUAAGAGUUCCCCGAACAAUUUCCCAUCCAAUGUUAAAAGUUUAUUGUCAACUGGUAUACUUGAUGGAGUGCCUGUGAAGUAUGUCUCGUGGUCAAGGGAGAAAACUGUUCGAGGAAUUAUUAAAGGGACUGGUUACCUGUGUGGCUGCAAUGACUGCAAGCUGUCCAAGAAUCUAAAUGCUUUUGAAUUUGAGCGUCAUGCUGCUUGCAAGACCAAACAUCCUAACAAUCAUAUUUACUUCGAGAAUGGGAAGACAAUUUAUGCCGUGGUCCAGGAGUUAAAGAAUAUCCCUCAGGAAAAGCUGUUUGAAGCAAUUCAAAAUAUCACUGGUUCUCCUAUCAACCAGAAAAACUUUCAAACUUGGAAAGCUUCCUAUCAAGCUGCUAGUCGAGAGCUUCAGCGUAUCUAUGAAAAAAAUGAAGUGGCAAAACCAUCUUGAUUUGCAGAUUCUUUUGCUCCUGGUUUUUCUUGAGGUCCACUGAUGGAGCAACUGUACUCUAUUUUUGAAAUUGUGAACAAGUUUUGAUUCUAUAGAUACCCCAGGCAGAUGGUGAUGUAUUAUAUUGGGUUCUAAUUACUGUGACAGAUUAAUAUGCUAUUUAAACUUAACAUUCUUACUGAAGUUCCUGAUUUUGUUUAA